CCCCCCCCCGCCCCGGCCGGCAGCACGCGUCUCUUUUGCGUCCAGAUUGGCCGCGACCGGCGCUCAAUAGCGGGAGGUUAAUUUCCUUCACAAAGGUGAAGGGGGCACGGCUCCGGGGGGCCCCGCGCCCAGACAGGCGGCCCCUUUAUUCGCAGCGCCUUGAUUGGAGCCCUUGAUUUAGCAUCUGAUGUCAACCAGCAGACAAAAUGCCCGCUCGGAAUGAAAAUGCAUGAGGCCGAGCAGGGAGAGCGGAAACCAACUUCACUGGGGCGCACGGGCUUUGGCCGCGCGCGUUUCGUGCUUUGGCCAACUCCAUCUGAAUCAACCCAGCGCUGGGCGAUGCGGAGGCUCCGAGCCGCCUGGACCAGGCCCUUCCAAAGAUGCCAAUCCCUGAGCCACGGGGAAAUUAAAAAAAAAAUGUUCAGAAAUUCAAGUUCCUUUUGGAACCCAGCCCAGCAUGCCCCCUCCCGCCUCCAGCGCCGCAUCUGCUGGCGAUUGAAGAAGUGCGGGGCCAACUGUUUCUCAAACUCCAGAGAAACCGUCCCGAGGCCCGCGGACACGCCAAGGCUGCGGACAAACAUCGCCCUCGGCAGCAGUUAGACGGCCAGAGCCGAUCCUCUACCAAACUUGAACUCCAGGGUCUCAUCUUCGCUUGGAUCCUGGGUCCCGCGGCCCACUCAUCCCAGGCACGGGCGGGGGCUCUUGCCCGCCCAGACUUUGCAGCUAUUUUCGAGUCUUAAUUAUUUCCCAAAUACCGCGAGGAGUUCCUGCGCCUCUCCCGCCCCAGCGGCCGCACUCAGAUCUCCCCCUCUCUUGCUGCUGCCCACCGCCGCCCCUGCCCAAGCAGCGCGCACAACUUCCCCCUCCGCUCCGGCUCGCGGCUCGAACCCUCCUGACAUUUUGGGGCCAUUCUUCUCCUUUGUUGCUAUUUUGCUCUCGACCCGCGGGUAAUCCCCGCGCGGGAGGGGGGGUGUGCAUUGUCGUGCUGAUGGACGGGCCCAUUUGGCUGCUCCGCGCCCCCCGGAGGAGAGACACAAAGCCCAGGCACGUGCGCUUCCCCAUAGAGGAGCAGCAGACCGUGAAGGGAGGCGGGGCCGGGCGUGUGCCUGGGCCGGGCGGGGCGGUGGCGCCGGGCGGGGCGGCGGAGGGGCGCGCGCGGGGGCCCCGCGCCCUCAGGUACAUCUGCCGCACCUACCGGGCGACCCCCGAGUCCCGGCCCCCUUUUUGCCGCCCCGCCGCCCUCCCACCCUACUAGGCGGAGGACCUGCGGGCGCGCUGAUUGGCUCUGGGGGAAGCGGGAGGCGAGAACAAUGGCCCCCUCCCCCUGUUAAAAGGGAGCGGCUCCUGCGCCCGGGGACAGGGACGCGCGAGCAGGGCGCAGGGGCCGGCUGAGCCGCCGCCACGCGAGUUCCGCAGUCGCUGCUCACGGGCCAUGGGCCGGGGGCACUGAGGGCCGCCGGGGCCGAGCGCGGAGGUGGGACCGAGCCAGUGCCUUGCCCUCGCUCCGCGCCAACAUGCCCCGCGGCUUCCUGGUGAAGCGCAGCAAGAAGUCCACGCCCGUGUCCUACCGGGUCCGCAGCGGCGAGGACGGCGACCGCGCGCUACUGCUCUCGCCGGGCUGCGGGGGCGCCCGCGCCUCGCCCCCGGCGCCGAGCCCCGGGCCCGGACCGCUGCCGCCGCCACCGCCACCGCCGCCGCCCACCGAGCGUGCCCAUGCGGCGCUCGCAGCCGCGCUGGCCUGCGCGCCGGGCCCGCCGCCACCCCCGCCGGGCCCGCGGGCCGCGCACUUCGGCAACCCCGAGGCUGCGCACCCCGCCCCGCUCUACAGCCCCACGCGGCCCGUGAGUCGCGAGCACGAGAAGCACAAGUACUUCGAGCGCAGCUUCAACCUCGGCUCACCGGUCUCGGCAGAGUCCUUCCCCACGCCCGCCGCUCUGCUCGGAGGUGGCGGCGCCGGUGGCGGUGCCAGCGGCGCGGGCGGCAGCGGCAGCGGCACCUGCGGCGGCGACCCACUGCUCUUCGCGCCCGCCGAGCUCAAGAUGGGCACGGCGUUCUCAGCGGGCGCCGAGGCAGCCCGCGGCCCAGGGCCGGGCCCCCCGCUGCCUCCGGCCGCUGCCCUGCGGCCCCCGGGCAAGCGGCCCGCGCCCCCCGCCGCCGCUGCUGCUGCCGAGCCGCCCGCCAAGGUAGCCAAGGCCCCGAGCGCCAAGAAGCCCAAAGCCAUCCGCAAGCUGCACUUCGAAGACGAGGUGACCACGUCGCCUGUGCUGGGGCUCAAGAUCAAGGAGGGCCCGGUGGAGGCUCCGCGGGGCCGUGCGGGGGGCGCGGCGCGGCCGUUGGGCGAGUUCAUCUGCCAGCUCUGCAAGGAGGAGUACGCCGACCCGUUCGCGCUAGCGCAGCACAAGUGCUCGCGCAUCGUGCGCGUGGAGUACCGCUGCCCCGAGUGCGCCAAGGUCUUCAGCUGCCCGGCCAACCUGGCCUCGCACCGCCGCUGGCACAAACCGCGGCCUGCGCCCGCCGCCACCCGCGCGUCGGAGCCCGAAACCGCUGCCAGGGCUGAGGCGCGGGAGGCGACAGGCGGCGGCAGCGACCGCGACACGCCGAGCCCCGGCGGCGUGUCCGAGUCGGGCUCUGAGGACGGGCUCUACGAGUGCCACCACUGCGCCAAGAAGUUCCGCCGCCAGGCCUAUCUGCGCAAGCACCUGCUGGCGCACCACCAGGCGCUGCAGGCCAAGGGCGCGCCGCCUGCGUCUCCGGCCGAGGACCUACUGGCCUUGUACCCCGGGCCCGACGAGAAGGCGCCCCAGGAGGCGGCCGGCGACGGCGAGGCUGCCGGCGUGCUGGGCCUGAGUGCGUCCGCCGAAUGCCACCUGUGCCCAGUGUGCGGGGAGACCUUCCCCAGCAAGGGCGCCCAGGAGCGCCACCUGCGCCUGCUGCACGCCGCCCAGGUGUUCCCCUGCAAGUACUGCCCGGCCACCUUCUACAGCUCGCCUGGCCUCACGCGGCACAUCAACAAGUGCCACCCGUCCGAGAACAGACAGGUGAUCCUCCUGCAGGUGCCCGUGCGUCCGGCCUGCUAGAGCGCGCCCUCCACCCCGGUCCCCCGAACUGUGCCUUCGCUUGGAGACCCACGAAAAGAGCGCGCCCCGAACCCGCGUCCGCGCCGGGGGCGCCCACCCCCGGUGAAAGUGUUGUCUCCGCUUCUCUCGGUGUGGCGUGACGGUAACCCCGAUCCUCUCGUUGUGACUCCUUUUGGACACCCCCCCCCCCACCCCGCCCUUUGCGUUACGUCCCCUUCCCCUCUUGGCGCAACAGGAGCCAAUCUCUUUCUGUACAAGGGAGAAGAGCUGUACGCGUUUGUCUCGUGGUUGGAAGCCUCCCCUUGGCGAGGAGAGCUGUUUUUCUUGCUAGUAUUCGCUGUGUUCAUGGUCUAGAAGCGCGGUUUGCUCUCGCCUACCAAUCUCUGCUCUCUGUGUCUGUAGCGUACGGGUUGUUUUGGGUGAAUCUUGAGGAAGAAAUGCCUUUAUAUUUCACAGGCUGUAAAUUGAACUUCCCACACGAUUAGCUUUAUUAUGGCUUGUGAACUGCUGGAGUCUGGCUUUACCUUUUUGUAUGUGAACAAAUCAAAUUGCUUAAAAAAGAGUUUUCUUUAGCAUAGCCACAAAUGCCUUGAACUGUUGUCUGUUUGGGAUUGUUUUUCUGGGGGGGGGGAGGGAUUUUCAGAAGAUGCUGUAGAAACUGCCUCAAUAUUUCAUGUAAGCCUUUUUGGUUUGAUCAUCUUUGUUGAGGUAGGGCUAUAUGAGUUCCUUCUAAAUGUAUAUGUUGAUUUAUGAGUAAUUGUUAUUUAUUCUUUAUUUAUUUAUAUUAAUUAUGAAGAUUAUGAUAUUAUUUGAUUGCAGAUCUUUUUUUUUUUUUGGUGAGCUUUUUUCCCCUGCCACUCUUGACAUUUCACUGUGCAUUUUAGAAGAGAGCCUUUUUCUAAAGGGAUCUGCUAAAAGUUUUAACUUUUAUACCUAUCUGAGCGAAUUACAGACAACCUACCAUUUUAUUCUGCUUGGAGGGCCCUGAGGCCCUGUACAACUGACAGCUCUUACUUUUAAAUGCAAUCUCUUUUCUACAUACAUUAUUUUCUUAAUUGUUAGCUAUUUAUAGAAAGCUUCAAUAGAACUGUUUCAACUGUAUAACUAUUUACUAUUCAAAUAAAAUAUUUUCAAAGUCAAA